UGUCGCAACUACAUGUACUGAACAAUUGUCAAUGUUGUCGAAUACAGGUGAAAAUGAUUUUCAUGUUGGAACUACAAACGAAGCUUCUGUGAUAACAAGCGAGGAUGAUAUUCAUACUGGAACUACAAACGAAGAGCCAUUGUUACGGAUUUCAAGCAAAGACGAAACUCAUGUGGAAACUGCAAAUGAAGCGUCAUUGAUACAGAAUUUUAGCGCAAUGAAAACGUUGAACGAAGAAAGAUCCAUGGUUAACAUAUCUGGAAAAAACAACAAUGUGUAUGUCGGCUGCAACAUUUACAAUGAGGAAAUGAAAUUCAAAGGUCAUAGAGAUGAUGCAGCUGGGGUUGAUCGGCUAUCCACCGCGUAUUUUGAUGAUGCGGUGGAUCCACACCAUCCACCCCAGCAUCGAGGUCCUCGGUAGGCAUCCGAACCACCAACAGCUGUUUGCAAGGACCAAUCUGCGGCGCCAGGGAUAACUGAACAAGUUUUGAACGAAUUGCAAGUUAUUAAAAGACAUUUAUCCAAAGUAACGUCUAAAAGUUUUAUAUGUGCAGAUAACAUUGAAUACUUCACAGGAUUUUCAGAGGAAGAAUUUCAGUUUAUUGUUGCGAAAAUUGAUAAACACGGCAGUGUUUUUAAUGAUAAGAAAAGAAGCAGGAGCGGUAAAAACAUUUCGUUUGAACAGCAUUUUUUAAUAGGGUUGGUAAAAUUCAGACAUAAUUAUUCAUUUGAGGAUUUGGCGAAGUUUUUUAAUAUAGAAGAGCAAGACUACAGAAAUGCAUUUCUUAAGUGGAUCAAUUUUAUAUCAAAAGUUUCAAUUAACAUAAAGUGGUCAAGCAGAGAUACAAUUCUUGAGCAUUCGUCUGAAAAAUUUAAGAACAGGUUCCCUAAUACGAUCGCUAUCAUAGAUGAGAUUGAAGUAUGUUCAGGUUCGGAUACAAAAUGGCAUGCGUUGUUGUGCUUAGAUCCGAGUGGUUCAAUUCUGUAUGCUUCAGACCUUUACUCUGAUUCCUUAUCGGCAAAAGAAAUGGGACAUUUGUUGGAUUUAUUAAAGGAAAACAUGAGGAAUGGAAAGCUGUAUAAGAAUGAUAGAAUUAUUAUGAAUAAGUCCUUGAAUAUUAAACGAGAUUUUAUUACGCUUGGAUUGAAAGUUACUGAAAAUGCUAUUUACAGGAAAGAUGCUAUGAGGUUUAUUCGCGAUUUUAAAAUGUUGAAUCGAAUUGAUCCUUCACUUGCUCGGAACUCUAACAAAAUAUGGCAUGUUUGUCUAUUUGUAUUCAGUUUACGAAACAAGAUGGAGUCUUUUGCGAGACUAUGAUGUUUGGAUUAUCUUUUGUGAGGUUAUGAUAUCGAUAGUCUUUUGUGAGAAUGUGAUGUGCUUUUAGUCUUUUGUUAUAUGGGCUGAGGGCCCCAGCUGAUCAGCUUUUGCUGGAUGCUUUUACACGGUUGCUUUUACCGGAUGCUUUUACACGGUUGCUUUUAUGGAUGGUUUUACACGGUUGCUUUUACUGGAUGGUUUUACACGGUUGCUUUUACUGGAUGGUUUUACACGGUUGCUUUUACUGGAUGGUUUUACACGGUUGCUUUUACUGGAUGGUUUUACACGGUUGCUUUUACUGGAUGGUUUUACACGGUUGCUUUUACUGGAUGGUUUUACACGGUUGCUUUUACUGGAUGGUUUUACACGGUUGCUUUUACUGGAUGGUUUUACACGGUUGCUUUUACUGGAUGGUUUUACACGGUUGCUUUUACUGGAUGGUUUUACACGGUUGCUUUUACUGGAUGCUUUUACACGGUUGCUUUUACUGGAUGGUUUUACACGGUUGCUUUUAUGGAUGCUUUUACACGGUUGCUUUUACUGGAUGGUUUUACACGGUUGCUUUUAUGGAUGCUUUUACACGGUUGCUUUUGCUGGAUGCUUUUACACGGUGAGAUAAAACGGUUUUAGAUAAAUAAAAAAAAAAUGUGUAAUGAGUCUUUUCUUAUAAUCUGAUAUGUAGUUGACGUUGAGGUGGAAUUUUCAUUAUUAUUGUGGGUACGGGAUUUUUCAUAUAACAAGUAAUUCGCAAUAUACCCGGAGUGCAAAGAGUAUUUUUUAUUUAAAGACUAACAUUAUCCUCCCAGAGAUGUUAUAGUUAGCCUAAGUAAUUACUUUUUGAUCGCUGUUAAAUAAGGAUCAAUGAGGUAUAACGUACUUCAUGUAAGCUUUCAAACUCGGCGUUGUAAUACUUAAGACCCUUCAUCUUAAUAAGUCUUCGGAUCUUGUUGCUAUAGUUGCGUAGCCUAUCGGCGGUUCGAGUCAGUGUGACGUCAUUUCAACUUAAACCACGCCCACUGCACACGGUUAUAGUAGAGAUCAGUGGGAGUAGCUUUGGAAAAAUGUAUUUUUUUUUUAAUUUCUCUCAGCCAACAGCGUCCUUCUUGCUUGUGUAACUUAAUCAUUAUUACUUAGUGUAUAGCAUUCAAUUUAACUAUGUCUGUUUAUCUAAUCCUUUAAGCUAUGCACAUUAUGGGGGCCUCUACUCGACAAGCCUUGCUUUUUGGAGACUCCCACCACUUAAUCGCCCUUCAUUCUAAUUAUACCCAUUUUCCAUGUAUUGUUAUUUGAUUGAGUGGAAAUAAAGUAUUGAUUGAUUGAUUGAUUGAUU